AUGGCUCAAACCUACUCAUCGGGUUACCCACAGCAACCUGUUAGCCAUUCAUCUAGUGGAUCAAACGGAUUGGAUGUUCAUCCUUUAUUGGAUAACCUUCAGAUGGGUUCGCAUCCCCCUCAACCACUUACGCAUCAGAAUCAUCACCAUCGCUUGGCCCAAUUAUCGACUAAUUCGCAUGGCACACCCACCCUCUAUCCCGGUGGACCUAAUACCUCUCAUGCUGGACAGGGCUCCGGCGAACCACUCUGUGGUGAUUUGACUCUUCGAACUAAUGCUGGUCACCAUCAUUCUCAACAAUAUCAGCCGUCUGCCCAUCAUCAUCACCAACAACAUGGGGCCUAUUCGACUCUGAAUCAAUUCUAUACUCAGCACCAAUCUGCUCCACCUGUGCCCUACUCUCAACAAGAUCAACCCUUGUCACACCAUAAUUAUGCACAACAGCAUUCUCAACAGCAUCACCAGCAACAGGCUGCAUAUGCGGCUGCGCUAGCAAUGGCUGCAGCUGCUAUGUCUGGUACUAAUAAUUCGGCACAUGGAAACGGUCCAGGAUCCACAAAUUCUUUAGAUGGAUGCACUGGCACAGGGACCCCCGGACAGGCGACUCUAGGUGGACCGAAUGAUACGAUGUCUAAUAACGAGUUUGGCCUCUUCAUGGGUCCUCCUCCCCCUUCAGCCUCCGCCCCAUCACUAGCUGAUUGUCGCUUUUCCGAUGUCGUAGGACAGGGUACUCCUGUUUUUUAA